GGGGGCUCCGAGGCAAGCAGCAAGUUCGGGGAUCGGGGCCCGGAGCCGAGUGAGGCCGAAGCCCCGCGCAGCGCGCGAGCGAAAAUCUUGGAAAAUGUAUACAAGUCAUGAAGAUAUUGGAUAUGAUUUUGAAGAUGACCCCAAAGAUAAGAAGACACUUAAGCCCCACCCAAACAUUGACAGUGGAUGGGCUUGGAUGGUGGUUCUUUCCUCCUUCUUUGUGCACAUCCUCAUCAUGGGCUCCCAGAUGGCCCUGGGAGUCCUCAACGUGGAAUGGCUUGAGGAAUUCCAUCAGAGCCGCGGCCUGACUGCAUGGGUCAGCUCCCUCAGCAUGGGCAUCACCUUGAUUGUGGGACCUUUCAUCGGCUUGUUUAUUAACACCUGUGGGUGUCGCCGAACCGCAAUAAUCGGAGGGCUGGUGAACUCGCUCGGCUGGGUACUGAGCGCCUAUGCCGCAAACGUGCAUUAUCUCUUUAUUACCUUUGGAGUGACAGCUGGCUUUGGAAGCGGCAUGGCCUACCUGCCGGCCGUGGUCAUGGUGGGGAGGUACUUCCAGAAGAGACGCGCCCUUGCCCAGGGCCUCAGCACCACGGGGACGGGGUUCGGCACCUUCCUCAUGACCGUGUUGCUCAAGUACCUGUGCGCGGAGUACGGAUGGCGGAAUGCGAUGUUCAUCCAAGGCGCCGUGUCCUUAAACCUGUGUGUCUGCGGGGCGCUCAUGAGGCCCCUCUCUCCUGGGAAGGACCGGAACGACGCGGGAGAGAGAGAUCCGCAGGUCGUGCUGGGUCCCUCCCCUGGCUCGAAGUCAAGUGGGCCGCCGGGCGGAGCAGAAGAGAAGGGUGCGGGGCCCGGGAACGAGGAGGAGCCGGUGGGUGACCUCCCCGCCCAGGCGGGCCCGGAGAAGGCCGAGCACACACAGAACCUGUGCGCCCUCCGGGUUCUGAAGACCGCCAGCCAGCUGACCGUGAGAGUCAGGAGGGGCUUCCGGGACUGGUACUCGGGCUACUUUGGCACAGCCUCGCUCUUUACCAAUCGAAUGUUUGUCGCCUUUAUUUUCUGGGCUCUGUUUGCAUACAGCAGCUUUGUCAUUCCUUUCAUCCACCUCCCGGAAAUCGUCAAUUUGUAUAAUUUAUCGGAGCAAAACGAUGUUUUCCCUCUGACUUCAAUUAUAGCAAUAGUGCAUAUCUUUGCAAAAGUGAUCCUGGGCAUUGUGGCCGACUUACCUUGCAUCAGCGUUUGGAAUGUCUUCCUGAUGGCCAACUUCACCCUUGUCCUCAGUAUUUUUAUUCUCCCACUGAUGCACACCUAUGCUGGCCUGGCGGUCAUCUGCGCACUGAUAGGCUUUUCUAGCGGUUAUUUCUCCCUCAUGCCCGUAGUGACCGAAGACUUGGUGGGGAUUGAGCACCUGGCCAACGCCUACGGGAUCAUCAUCUGUGCCAAUGGCAUCUCCGCGCUGCUGGGACCACCUUUUGCAGGCUGGAUCUAUGACAUCACAGAAAAAUACGAUUUUUCCUUCUAUAUAUGUGGCUUACUUUACAUGGUAGGGAUACUCUUUUUACUCAUUCAGCCGUGUAUUCAAAUGAUAGAACAAUCCAGAAAAAAAUACAUGGACGGUGCACACGUUUAGCGUCAUGUUCUGUUUCCUGUAAGAUUUCUGUGGGGUACCCAUGCCUACCUCACGUGGUUGCUGUGAGGAGCCUGUGACAUUGUGGGGAAGCGCUUUGUAUGGUAACCUGCACUGUCAUUUGUAAAUGCCGUGGUCAUGACUGCAUUUGAAAGCAGCACUGUCUUUCCGUUUGGGGAGAAGCAAUGCCGGAAGGAACGAAAGACUCCACACAUUUCAGAGAUGACAGUGUCCUUCAGAGACGGCCUGUUAAAUAAUUGGUAGAAAUGCCCUUAUGAAAACCACUCUUUCUCGUCAUCCACUGGGACUAAGGUUUUAGAUACAGCUUUUGAAACAAAAGACGAGGAAUAAAAUCUUUUAAACUCA